AGUUGCCAAAAAGUGUAGGUGUAAUGUAAUUUUAUUUGAUUUUAAGGGAAACAAGUGAAACUCAUAGCUUAUAAGUAAAUGCGGCAAUGUAGCAACUGCUGCUCUAUGUACAUAUAUAAUAAGCCAUAACAUAUAUAUAUAUAUAUAUACAUAUAUAUAUAUGUAUGUAUAUCUAUCGCCAUUCCAACGCAUAUUGGGCAGUAACAAUGAUUGCUUAAAUUAGACUGGAAUGCACGCCAAGUAACUGGAAUGAUGUCAACGCACUCCCACGAGCCCCAAACGCUCGAACAGUCACCACAUCAUGCCAGUGCCACACCAACCAGGCUGUGUGCCGCCGACAAGGACAGCAAUAGAGCAGACAGAGAAGACAACCGAAGCAGUCCGCAGCGCAAUUUAGUGGAGUUCCUGUGCAUCUGCAUUGCCUGUGUGCUCUGCUAUUACAACAGCACGCAGUGCGGCCUGGUGUUUGAUGAUAUUAGCGCGAUAAGGGAUAACAAGGAUUUGCGGCCGAGCACGCCGCUGCGUAAUGUGUUCCUUAACGACUUCUGGGGCACACCAAUGCACAAGGAGCAGUCCCAUAAGUCAUAUCGCCCGCUCACCGUGCUCACCUUUCGCCUCAACUACUUGCUGCAUGCACUGCACCCGUUCGGCUAUCACUUCGUCAACCUGCUGCUGCACAUCGUUGUCUGCCUGCUGUUUCGUCGCGUCUGCCGCCAGCUGCUCCGCCAGUGCGCCUCGGCCUGCAGUAAGCCGAACACAUGCGCCUUUGUGGCAGCGCUGCUAUUUGCCGUACACCCCGUGCAUACGGAAGCAGUUACUGGCGUUGUGGGCCGUGCUGAAUUGCUCUCCUCGAUUUGUUUUCUGUGCGCCUUUCUCAGCUACGCUCAUGCCACGAGCCAGGCGACGCCGCGACGCACGAACUGGCCGGCGCUCUGCCUCGGCUUUGGCGUCUGCCUGCUCGCCUCCAUGUUGUGCAAGGAGCAAGGCAUUACAGUAGCCGGCAUUUGUGUUGUUUACGAGCUAUUUGUCGUGCAGCAGCUACGUCCCCUGCAUCUGUUUCAGUUCGUGCUGCGUUUAUUCGAGGAACAGCCGCCGGCUAAGGCGGCGGCAGCUGCUCCUGCUGCCUCGACACACGCACGACGCUGGUCGUCGCUGCUGUGGAAACGCUUGGUAUUUAUUGGCUGCAUUACUGUGGCUCUGCUGGUGGCGCGUGUGUAUGUCAUGGGCUCCCAACUGCCCAUUUUCACACGCUUCGACAAUCCUGCCUCCGCUGAAGCGACUCCUGUGCGUCAACUUACCUACGCCUACCUCAUCUAUCUCAACUGCUGGCUGCUGAUCUGUCCUUCACUGCUUUGCUGCGAUUGGACCAUGGGCACUGUGCCCGUGCUGGAGGGCUUUGGGGACACACGCAAUUUGGCCACCUUGUGCACAUUUCUGGGCUUGGCCGCACUGGCCAUCAAGGCGUGUGUCACACGCAAUUUGCCGCAGUCGCGGCUGCUGCUGAUGUGCCUCGGUUGGCUGGUGCUGCCCUUUCUGCCCGCCUCGAAUCUGUUCUUUCCCGUGGGCUUUGUCGUGGCCGAGCGCAUACUCUACAUGCCCAGCAUGGGCUACUGCCUGCUGGUGGCCUACGGCUAUCAGCAGUUCCACGAGCGUUUGCGUGGCCACUUGGCACGCAUGGUCAAGGCCUUGCUGGUGCUGCUGCUGCUGUCGCAUGCGCUCAAGACGUAUCAACGCAACUGGGACUGGCGCAGCGAGUACACGCUGUUCAUGUCGGGCAUACAUGUGAAUCAGCGCAAUGCCAAGCUCUACAACAAUGUGGGCCAUGCGCUGGAGAACGAGGCGCAGUACGAGGAGGCGCUGCUCUACUUUCAGCAGGCUGUGCACAUACAGCAGGACGACAUAGGCGCGCAUAUCAAUGUGGGACGCACAUACAAUAAUCUCAAGCUCUAUAAGGAAGCCGAGCAGGCUUACAUGCGUGCCAAGUCGCUGUUUCCACAGGCCAAACCGGGUGUUAGCUACCAUGCGCGCAUUGCGCCGAACUAUUUGAAUGUCUUCAUCAAUCUGGCGAAUCUCAUUGCCAAGAAUCAGACACGAUUGGAGGAGGCGGAUCAUCUCUAUAGGCAGGCCAUAAGCAUGCGCAGCGACUAUGUCCAGGCCUACAUCAAUCGUGGCGAUAUUCUGAUGAAACUCAAUCGCACUGCCCAGGCGCAGGAGGUCUAUGAGCAGGCUUUGCUUUAUGACAGUGACAAUGCGGAUAUAUACUACAAUCUGGGCGUGGUUUUCCUGGAGCAGGGCAAGAGCCAGCAGGCGCAUGUUUACUUCAACAAGGCCAUUGAGUUGUAUCCGCAGCAUGAGCAGGCGCUGCUGAACUCUGCCAUAUUGUUGCAAGAACGUGGCGGUGAGGAGGCGCGACAGCUCUCACGUGCUCGACUCUACCAAGUGCUGACCAUGGAUGCAGGCAAUGAGAAGGUUUACUUUAAUUUGGGCAUGCUGGCCAUGGACGAGUCGAGCUUUGAGGAGGCUGAGCAGUUCUUUAAGCGGGCCAUACAUCUCAAGUCGGACUUUCGCAGCGCUCUUUUCAAUCUGGCCCUGCUGCUGGCGGACAUCAAGCGGCCCUUGGAUGCUGUUCCAUACCUUAAUCAGCUCAUACGUCAUCAUCCUGCGCAUGUCAAGGGCCUCAUACUGCUGGGCGACAUUUAUAUAAAUCAAAUGAAGGAUUUGGAUGCUGCAGAGAAAUGUUAUCGCAGCAUACUUCAGUACGAGCCACAUAACACUCAAGGACUGCAUAAUCUCUGCGUGGUGUUUGUGGAGCGCAAGCGCCUGGCCAAAGCAGCUGUCUGUCUGCAAUUUGCACAGCAAUUGGCGCCCGGAGAGGAUUACAUUUCACGCCAUCUGCAGAUUGUCAAGGCGCGUCUGCAGAAAAUCAACAAGUUACCUGAUACUUCGCCGGAGCGGCAGCUGGCCUAUGAGGACUACGAUCCGUAUGAGUUUCAGCCAGCCCAGGAGCCGCGGCAUCCAGUACACACGCGUUCAUAGCAGUACUUUGCCUAAAGGCCUUCAGACCGACACUACGUAAAUGACAACCUGAAAUUUAUGUUUGUAAAUAAACAUUAGAAUUUGCAUUUAAUUUAAGCAAACAGACGUUCUAAAGUUUACUUAAAUCAAUUAUACACCUUGGCAUUUUGUACUUAAUCGAAUUAUAUUAUUAAAUAAAAUGUAUGUAUUUCAAA